ACAAUACCUCAUCUUUGAUUCUUGAUUUGAUUCGAUUUAGUAAGCAAGAAAAUGGGUGUUAUGGAGAAGAAACUUCGUUCACUAAAAUGCCAAGUGAGAAUAGUAGAAGCAAGAAACGUAGAGAUCAAGUCACAAGCUAGUACUCUGUUCGUUAGAUUCUAUCUCUCUGCAGGACACAACAGAAAGAUCGAAGUAAACACGAGAGAGCUCUCUUCGAAAUCAGACCAACUCAUGUGGGAUCAAUCUUUUGGUCUGGAGUGUCAAGGGGACGAAGCAGCUGUCAAAGAAUUGAAGCAACAGAGAGUCGUUUUUGAACUACGGAGGAAGAAAAUAUCGACGUUUCUUAGGAAAUCAUCUAAAUCUGAGGUUGUUGGGAGAGGAGAGGUUUCUUGGGAAUCGGUUUUCGAGUCGCCAGGCAUGGAGAUUGAGAGACUUGUGGUGAUGGGUGAAUCCAAAAAUUGGGUUUUGGAAGAUGAAAGACCUUUGUUGUUGAAGAUAGCUUUAAAGGUCCAAGCUUUAGAAGAAAUGGAGAAGAUGCUGAUCAAGAAUGACAAGAAAACAGAGAAGCUUUGUUGUGUGUGUAGUAGUAGAGAUUGCGGAAGCUGUAGUUGCUUAGAUUAUGAGGCUUUUGCUUUAGUUUGUGCUUUAGAUUGUAUUUAA